CCAGACGCCUAAGUGGGGCGAGAGUGCGCUGAGCCGCCCUCCUGCAGCGCUGCGCAUGCUCUGUGUUCCCCUUUUGCGCCCCGUUCCCAGGCUGCCGCUGUCGCCCCCGCCCCAGCCACGCCUGCUCACUCACCCUGCUCCUUAGCAGCAGCAGAGGACCUGGCCAAAGGUCUCUACGCAGGACGAACCUCGUGAACAAAGGUGAGGUCCGACAGCAGUCUGAGAGCUCAGAACCUCUCCAGGACGCCUCCCUGGAGAGCUUCUUGGAGGCAGCAUCCUUGGCUUCUGGUUUUGCCUGAUGUAGGGGUGGAGAGAGGAAGCCAAAGCUGUAUAGCGUACAGACCAGGGGCUGGCACAAGAGCAUUGCACAGCUGAUCUGCCCAGCCUUUCAGCUGUGCUGUGGUUGGAGCCCUGACUAUGGCAGCCACUCUUCUAAGGGCAAAGCCCAAGGUGACAGUGUCUUUUGAAGAUGUGUCUGUGUACUUUACAAAGACAGAAUGGAGGCUUCUGGACCUCAAACAGAGGACCCUCUACAAGCAAGUGAUGCUGGAGAACUACAGCCAUCUGGUGUCAGUAGGAUUUGCUUUCUCCAAGCCUAACCUGGUAUCCCAGCUGGAGCGAGGGGAGAAGCCCUGGAUUAGAGAUGAUGGAAUGGAGAGUGCAGCAAGAUCCUGUGCUGGGAAUAGGAUAAAGACCAAGACUUUGACUUCAAAACCAAAACUUUUCGGAAGAGGUCUCCUCAGAAAUACCUCACGAUCCUCAUUGCAGAGACGUCCUCACGAUUUCAGGCCAAAUCCCAUUGUAAGGUACCAACACUCCAGAAUCGCGGAUAAGCGAUAUCUAUGUCAGCAGUGUGGAAAAUCCUUCAGCCGCAGCUUCAAUCUCAUCAAACACCGGAUUAUCCACAGCAGAGAGAAACCUUAUGAGUGCAGCGAGUGUGGGAAGCAGUUCCAGCGCAGCUUAGCGCUGCUGGAGCAUCAGCGCAUCCACAGCGGCGACAAGCCCUAUGAAUGUGGCGAGUGUGGCAAAACCUUCACGCGCAGCUCCAACCUCGUCAAGCACCAGGUCAUCCACAGCAGUGAGAUGCCAUUUGUGUGCCGCAUGUGUGGUAAAGUGUUCAGGCGCAGCUUCGCGCUGCUUGAGCACACGCGCAUCCACAGCGGCGAGCGGCCCUUCGAGUGCACCGAGUGCGGCAAGGCAUUCAGCCGAAGCUCCAAUCUCAUAGAGCAUCAGCGCAUCCACAGUGGCCAGAAGCCCUACAUCUGCAAGGAGUGCGGGAAGGCCUUCAAGGGCGUCUCGCAGCUCAUCCACCACCAGCUCAUCCACCGCGGCGACAAGCCCUUCACGUGCCAUGAGUAUGGCAAGGCCUUCCGAGGCCUCUCAGGGCUCAGCCAACACCAGCGGGUCCACAGAGGUGAGAAACCCUAUGAGUGCAGCGAAUGCGGCCGGGCCUUUGGUCGCCGGGCCAACCUCUUCAAGCACCAGGUGGUGCAUGGUGGGGUGCGGCUCCAGCACCGCACUCGAGGGAAGGGAUUCCAGCGCAAGCUCCUGGAGCAUCUGCGGGACCUCCAUGGGCAGCAGCCCCAAGAGGCUGGAGAAGGUAGCUCCGCAGAACCCCAGCCCAUCGACACCAAUGAGAAGCCCCAAGUUUGUGAGCGCUGCGGCCAGGUCUUCGAGAACAAGUUGCUGUUGUGUCGCCACUUGCGCAUCCAUGACGACGAAGAUGACAAGAAACAGAAGCCUGUUAUUUCGAGCACCUCAGUUUUGGAGGAUAAGUCAUUGCUCAGCCAACAUCUGGAAGCCCAGCCCACAGAGGAAAGCGACAGCGAAGGCAGUGUAGUUUUCGUGUAUGCUGAGAAGCCCCACGGUCCAUCCUCACCUUGAGGCCAGAAACAGGGCAGCAGUUCAGAAUGGCAGGAUGGCCCCUUCCCCAGUGUGAAACAGAGAAGCAAUUCAGAAUGACAGAGUGCCCUCCACCUUCAGUGUAGUUUGUCCUGCUCCUUCCCUGAUAGGUCGAAAAGGAAAGCUCCCUCCGUAGUCCUGGAUGAUACAAUUGAUGCCUAGAGAUUGUACAGGCAGGCUCCUCAAGUUACCUAGGCAGGGUUCUCCUGUGUGUGCUUCGGUGUGUGAGUGCCUGUGUGAGUGGGGUCUCCAAGUGAGCAGAUUUGUUUUAUACAGAGUUGGUCUUUUCCAUCCACAUGGGAAUUGCCUGAUGUAGUUAGAAGGGAAGCAGGUAGGUCCAGCCGACUCUAGGCACAGUUACCAUGAAGUUUACAGACAGAUGACCCAUGUCCUUUCCCUUGUUUAAUGUGGGGUGGUUUCCUCCCCUUGAGAGUUGUGUUUCUAGGGAAAAUAUACUAAAGCUACUUUAUUCCAUUAAAAGUUUAUAAAUUGAAGGAGCUCUAAAAUUGACUUGAUGCUUUAUAGGAAAGCACAGGGAACCUGCUGUCCUGGGGCGCAGGCUAGGCUAUAUGUGAAAACUUGGACCCUAUUAUGUACCCCUGCUGCUGCUUGGAGGGUCUGUACCAAAGCUGUCAUCUUGCAGAGAGGUUAAAGUCCAGAGACCUGAGGGUCUCCAUUUUGGGAAAGGAGCCUCUUUCCUCUGGUGCCUCAUAGAAGAAGGGCGUAGGUAAGACAUGGCCUCUUUGUGCCACUCCUAUCCACUGUCUCAAUACCUACAGUUUCUCUGCUAAUCCCUUUCAUGGAACCCAUUGUGUGCUGAUAACAGGUUAGGAGUUUGCACUUAGAUGGCCCCAGAAAUGAGUCUGGCCAGACAAUUACCUUUCAGACAGAUGACAUUUGUUAGAAUAUUAAAGUUGCCAUUAUUUUAAUAUGCUUUUGUUUGCAGGUAAAAGUUGGGAAAUGGAGAUCUUUGUUAUAUGAGAGUGUUGGGGAAUUGAUCCUUUAUAAAAAUUCCUCAGGCAGAGGGUGUAGCUCAGAGGUGGAGUACAUGCCUAGCAGACCUCGGGCCCUGUGUUCCAUCCCUGACUCCUGCCCAAGCUCAGACAGGAGAAAGUAGCCUUUCCAGCCCAUGACUGGUGAGUAUGGUGGCAAGUCUGGCCCUCCAAGUGAUAUCACUCACACACACACAUACACACACACAUACACACACACACACACAAAUACACACAAACACACAUACACACACACACACACACACACACACACACACGUCUUAAGCCUGGUUGACUUUAAUUAGAACUAAGGGGAAGGUGUUUUAUAAGAAAAUCUGUAGCAGUUCUAUUCUGCCUGUGCAGAAACCCUGGAGAUUUGUCCCUUGGUAUACUCAGCUCAGCAUCCUGGGCAGCAAGCUACUUUCCAGUCCUCUCAUAUCCCAGGAGGGAGAAAGAUUUUCUCACAAAGCUGCCUGAGGGCAGGUGGGGGGUACGGGUAAAGUGGAGGCUGCCCUUGGGCACUCCAAGAAGAGUGAUGGUACCUUCCCUGCAAGGUUAGUGAGGUUCAAAGACAACUGCCUCCUGCCAAGAGAGUAUGGGAAGACCUGGAAACUUGGGAUGCUGGUUGGGGCCCUGGUCACAGAAUAACUUCAGAUAUUCUUACACAAAUAUGCACACACACACACACACACACACACACACACACACACACACACACACACGUUUUAUGUAUAUAAAAUGUUUUGUGUAAAGUUCUAGUUUAUAGCUUGCUCUUAUCUCCAUGUCCUCCAGACUUGUCCUGUGAUUGCUUUCUUUCUCAUGAGCCUGCAGUUGUAUGUUGUGCUCAGCCUUGUGUCUCCACUCCAAGUCCCAUGUUGGAUACUAGUGAAAGAGCCUUGCUCUCUUAGUGUACUGGACUUGGGCUAUGUAGUAGUUGGCUUCAGUGGCUCCUGGACGCAGUCCAAAGUAUCUGCUACCUUGGUUUCCCACUAGAAAAUGAAAUACUAAGAACAGUGUCUUUUAAUUCCCUGGUGAAGUAACUGCUCAGACAGUCUCUCCUAGGGCUGGCACAGAUACAGGAAACUAGGCCUCAUGCAGUGCAGGUACCCACAGUGGGAGGUCCUGUGCAGACUGUCAUGUGUUCUUAAAUAAUCAUUUCCAUGGCUCUAGGAAGGGAAUGCAUGAUACCUAUCCUGUAAGCCUGUCACCAGCUUCUAUACCCAAAGAUAAAUCUCCAGAGAAGGGGUCAUGUGUAGUUAUUUUCAGCAGAAAGUGGGGUCUGCAGGGAGAGAUGUAGAGCACUUUAGAGUGGAGUACCCUGAAAUGCUCCAGAGUCCCCAGUGGUUGCUACAUACCUAGCAACACAUCUCAGUUUUCUACUGUAGUUCCGGUUCCUAGAUGUUUUCAGCAGGCAGUUAGGUGUAGUAGGUUCUCUCAGGUAUGGUAAUCAGGUAUGUAAAAUGAACGAACAAGCUUCUCCUGGGAUAAAGUCAAAAUAACCAGAGGCGCUUGUGCUUUCCCUUGUUUUGUGCCUGAAAAUUGGUCCAUUCCUUAUGCUAGAUGGGGAAUGGGGCUAAUGGUUCAUUUGUGUGUCUUGAGUGGCAACUAGAUUAUAAACGCUUAAACUAUCAAAAACUCCUGCUGUUUUCUAGUCCCUCCUUUUUCUGUCUUCCCUCCAUACUUUACCUUCAGACCAUUUGCCUUUUAAGACUUUGGGUGCUUUUCAGGUGCUGUGUGAAUACCCUGGCAUUGUCUCCAGGAAACUGACAGAUGGUCCUUUCUGAAUUUAUCAUGAGGUGGAAGUUUUCAACAUUUUUGUUGGUUGAAAAAAAAAAAAACAUCUACUUGGAAAGAGUUUCCCAUGUGUGGAGAGGGACUGCUUCCAGGAUUAAACAGAGAGGUAGUGGGUUCAAAGUCAGAAGCAAGAGUCAACUCUGAGCUAGCAAGAGCCUACAGUGAGGCUAGGCUUAUGGGGAAGGGGUUGUUUGCCAUAUGGGAGGGCCUGCCUUAGUCUGCCCAGGGUGCAGGCUUCUCACAGGGCUCAAUACUGCAACUGCGAGAUCAGGCCUGUGCAAAAGGCUCCUAAACAGAAAACUCCAUGAAGAGGAACCACUAUGCCUAUCUUCUGUUCUGGGUUUGUUUAUUUGUUUGUUUGUUUUUGUUUUGUGCUACCAAGUUUCAGGCAGCAUGGAAGCACCCACCCUUACAGCUUUCCAAAAAGGAAGUAAAAUAUAGGGACUUCAGGUUUGGGGGUGGAGGUGUUGCUGAAAAGUGCCUUGGUUGGGAGUGAAGAGGAUAUAGUGUAUUGGGGAAGCCCAGAAUGCACACAGGUUUCUCUAGGGCAAGAGUCUUAGAGGGCCAUUGUUUCAUGAAACCACAGAUGAAUUGAGUCUAGGGGAAAGCAUGGUUUUCUUUGGAGGUGUUAUUUUAAGCCUGUGUGACCAGGCUGGCCUUUGACUCUUAAUUCUCCUGCCUCUACCUCCUAAGUGCUGGAAUUACAGGGUUGGGCCACCAUGCCUGGGUUCUGAAGAGUCUUACGUUCUUAUGUUGAAAGUAAUAUCAGUUCAAGCCCUUGCACAUUUAUGAGAGAAAUGGUGCCUCCUUUUGUGUUCAGUAGGGCUAAGCCUGGUCCCUCUCCACCACCUAAGAAUGAUGAGAGCAGAAAUGAAGGACUACUGUGCAUCUGGAGGCUAGUGAUACAUUAACGUUCUUUGGCAGAUUGAUGGGGGGUAUAGGUUAUACAGCUUAAAGUGUACAAGUGUGGAUGAGUUGUGAUGGGUGUCUGUGCCCUUAAUAUCAUCCCCACUGUUAAGUCCAUGAACAUUCAGCAUCUUAGGCAGUAACUCCUCCUUUCUUCUCCUCCCUAUCCCAUCCUUACAACUACUGCUUUUUAUCACUAGUGAUUAAUUUCUGUAUAAAUGGACUUCCACAGUGUGUGUCUGGCCUCUUAGUGACAUUUUUAGAUGUUUCCGAGUGUUGGUGUGUAUAUCCUCACUUCAUAUAUAUCCCAGUGUAUAAAUGGCCUCCAAUACCUGUUGAUGCCUGUUAAUUAAUAUUUAUAUUCUUUCCAGUUUGAGACAAAUAAAGCUGCUAUGAGUAUUUGUAUGCACAUCCCAGCA